UCUCGCCCCCGGCUGCGCGGAUCUGUCUGGGGCCUGCGGGCGGGAACGAAACCAGCAGGACGCGGAGGGCGCAGCACGGGGGCGGGGGAUGGGGAAGCUCUGGCCCUCGGAGCCGUCUCCCGGGCGCGUUUCCUUGCGGAGUGGGGCGGAAGGCCACGGCCUCCGGAACUGGUCCUCAAAAGCCGGGGCGAACGGCCGCGACGGCGCGGGAUCCUAGCUGCAGCCUCCCCUCCGCCACCUCCCUCUCCCGCCCCGCGCUCCCUCUCCGCCCAUCGCGCUCCAGCCGCUCGGUCGCAGCCCGCGCAGUCCUCCGCCCCGCGGGGCCGCCGUGCUCGCUCCACGCCCAGCCAUGGGGGACCUGCCGGGUGUCGUGCGCCUCUCCAUUGCGCUGCGCAUCCAGCCCAACGACGGCCCGGUCUUCUUCAAGGUGGACGGUCAGCGCUUCGGCCAGAACCGCACCAUCAAGCUGCUCACCGGCUCCUCCUACAAGGUGGAGGUGAAGAUUAAGCCCACCACGCUGCAAGUCGAGAACAUUUCCAUUGGUGGUGUGGUUGUCCCACUGGAGCUGAAGUCUAAAGAGCCUGAUGGGGACAGAAUUGUUUAUACGGGCACAUAUGACACAGAAGGUGUGGCCCCAACCAAGAGUGGAGAGCGACAACCCAUCCAGAUCACAAUGCCGUUCACGGACAUUGGGACCUUCGAGACGGUGUGGCAAGUCAAGUUCUACAAUUACCACAAGCGAGAUCACUGCCAAUGGGGAAGCCCCUUCUCUGUCAUUGAGUAUGAAUGCAAGCCCAAUGAGACACGCAGCCUCAUGUGGGUGAACAAGGAGUCCUUCCUCUGAAGAUGGCUCUUUCUGAUGUUGCUGGACAAUCUCUUCAACAAUCUACUUUCAGAUAACCCAGCACAAGCCUUCGCCAAGGCACAUGACACCAUUGCUGUUUCCCUUCGGGUGCUGAUGACCUACUGGCCCCGAUUACUUUGAAAGUGUAAUUCCCUUCUGAUGCCAUGUCCCUGACAUAAGAGAUUGUGGUGUACCAUCCCCGAGAAGAUCCCUUGCUGUGUUCUGUGUUGGUGUUCCUGCAUCCAGUUGUUCCUGGUCAUGCCGUUGACCGCUUGAGAGGAGCUCAGUGGAAUUGGCAGACGUAUCCCAUUCCUCAUAAUUCCACUGAAUGACUGUGGUGUUUUGUUUCCACAUUGAGUGAUUCCCCUCCCCACUUUUUUUUCUAUUAAAUGCUAAAUAAAAAAUGUAACAACGUG